AUGUCUGCUUCACUUGGUUCGGAAUGCAACCAAGUUAAAGAGCGCUAUGAUACCUGCUUUCUCAAAUGGUAUAGCGAAAAAUAUCUCCGGGGCGUAGACUCAUCUGAUAAUAAUGAGUGCGCCGAAUUUUUCAAGGAUUACCAGAAAUGCCUGACGGUCGCGCUCAAGAAGCGAGGUAUUGAUAAGCUCCUAGAGGACGCGCGGGAAGACAACAAAGAAAAUGAUGCGGUAUACAUGGGCCGGAAAUCCUCUUCAGCGGAGCCGGCGCGGGUUUGGCCCAGUGAUUCUAUGCACCCCUUUUCCGUCCUCACCCUCGGAAUCUUCAUCGCCGGCUACAUCACUGCUCGAUGGGAUCUCGUCACUCGUCUUUACGAGCUCGCUAUAUUCGCCUGGGACUACGGAGUCGUCACACGGGCCGCUAAAGGAUUCGGUGUCCUCACUUUGAUAUUCUUUUUGCUAUUUGUGCCUGUGGAACGUCUGGCGUCGAGGGAAGCAAGCUUGCAUGAUGAGUUGAUGCGCAUAUUUUGGCCAACGGACAUUCCAAGAUCAGACCUCAGAGGCGUGGUUGUGGGCUGGAGGAAUUCUGGCUUGGAUGUCUUUGUUGUGGCCAUCCUUGAAGAAGUUGAGACGCGCAACGUCGAAAACGCCCUGAAGGUCGGGACUCUUCUCCGAAAUGCGCCCCAUCCGGUUCAUCGAAUCUACGAGCUAUGCGGCCAGUCAUCCAUGCACGUCCUCGGCGUCUCUAAUACCCCCGAUUCCGUCGAAAUCGAUCCCUCAUGGGUCCGCGUGACCUCUGGCCAGAGCUUGCGAGUUCCCAAAGUCACAUGUGCUCGAGCAACGAACAUCCAAAUUAUUCUCUACGAGAGGCCUUUACCGGGGCGGAUGCAGUACAUAUCCCUCAACCCGAUCGCGCUGGCUCUAGGCGACAAGCAUGACGGCUCCAGACAGGAACCCUCUGACAGUGGAGAGGAUGAGGACGAGAAGGAGGAACGGGCGAAGAAGGACGAAAGGCAGAAACUGGUCGAGAAACUGAAACUCCAUUCGGUUAUAAAGCGUGUACCCUCGGCCAAGGAGAAGGCUCUUGCGAAGAUCGUGAACCAGAUCAACUGGGCAUGGGAGCUCGACAGGUUGCUUCAAAAGAACGUCUCGCGCAUUGGGACGAGGCCAAAGAGGAGUUUGAGCGUCUCUGAGCGAGUUGUGGAAUCUGCGACGACCGCGAGGGACAUGGCGGUCGUGUGGUUGUGGGAAAUGGCCACGAUCUACAUCUGGCCCAUCAUCAAAAGAGCAUUUGUGCUGGUGUUGAUGUCCCACCGGAUUGCAGCCGAGAUGCUGCUGCUCAUUCUGGAGUGGAGGGCCCGGCCCAGAUACGCGGCACUGAAGGAUAUCUCAGCCACCGCCCAGCAGGUUGAAAUCCGGCUUCAGCAGUUCUGCUAUUGGCCAAUGCAGUAUGUCACUUUGAGGCAACGCAAAAACGACUGGGAGAGCGUUACCACGAGUCACCCGGACUACAUACGCUUUUACAACAGCCUCUGGCUGGUGGCCAACGAUGUGAUUAUUGGUAUCGCCCUGGGCUCUUACAUCAUCGACAACGCUGGUUGGGUUGCCGACCAAAUCAGUGGGCUCCUCAGGACAUACACCGUCGAGGCGCUGCAGAGCAGCAUAUCUUGGCUCAUGGGCUGGCCCGCAGGGUUGAAGCUCAAUACCGAGCUUGCAGCAUUUCUGGGUGACCUGUUCCUGUGGGUCAUCGACUACUGGUCGAGCUGCAUUGAAACGCUUCAACCAGCCAUGCCUCACAUAAUCCAGUUCAUCGGCUUCUCGAGCUUCGGCGGCGCGAGUAUGCCCAUCGCCCUGUUUUCGGACCUUCUCUCCAUCCUGACGGUCCACAUCUACUCCUUCUACCUCGCAUCUGCCCGGAUAUUCCACUGGCAGCUCAAUAUUCUAGUCUCCCUCUUCCACCUUUUCCGCGGCAAGAAACACAAUGUUCUCCGGAACCGUAUUGAUUCGUGCGACUACGACCUCGACCAGCUCCUCGUCGGCACCAUUUUCUUCACCCUCUUGUUCUUUCUCCUGCCGACCGUCGUGGUGUUCUACCUCAACUUUGCCAUUGCCCGCAUGGCUAUAAUUUCGCUGAAAGCAGUUUUUGAUACUCUGCUUUCUUGCUUGAACCACUUCCCCCUGUUCGCCCUCAUGUUGAGGGUCAAGGACCCCAGGAGGUUACCAGGGGGAAUUCGUUUUGAACUUCGAGAUACCCAAGAUAAUAAUAGACUUGCUGCUGUUUCUUCUCCCGAUCAUCCUACCACCUCCGUAAUCCAUCUCAAACCAAUCCCUCUAUCGUUUCGGGCCAUGUUUCACCAAUACUUCCAGAUGGCGCAGCGGAUUCGAAAGCAUUACCUGUCUCCGCGGGUUCUACUUUGCCUUUUGACCGGAAAAUUCGUCCCGCCGAUCAACAGGAAGAACUUGUACAGUCUCCAGUAUAGCAUGCUCCCGGCCCGCCGAGCUGGCAUCAUGGAGAUGUGGGAGGCCGUCAACUCACUCCCACCUCCCAAGAGGAGGGCGGCGCAGAUUCAUGUGCCGAUAUUGGCGAAUGGGAAUCGGUUUCCGAGCAACUAUGGUGGAGGGAGGCUACGUAGCUACGGCUAA